CGCCGGUUAACACACAAUAACGCAGUCUUAUUUAGCGUACAGUGUUGUGGUUUACUUUCGUGUGUUCUCCAAAACUUUAUCAAACUAAAAAGGUCGUGAUUUGUAUACAACUAGAGCCAUCUAUUGUCGAAUAGUGACAAUGAUCAACUUAGUUUCGCUACUCACCGCUGCCCUAGUGUCGCUACAGUGCUGUUACGUUGGCGCUGCAAUUAUCGACAGCAAAAAUAAUUUGAAUAAUAAUUUACAACCAAAUGUGGCACCAACUCCAAGACGCCGUCUAGGAUCUUUUGUUAAAAUAUUGUCAGCGCCGCCGGAGAGUGUCAGUUUGAUUCCCGGCAGUCCGUUGGAGCUUAGCUGCGUAGUGGCUGGUCAUCCUGCGCCCACCAUCCAGUGGCUGAAGAAUGGAGAGCCAUUACCUGAUUAUGAAGAAUCAGCAAAUGAAAUACUCAACAUUCACCCAUCGAGUAUCGUGCAGCUCGUAACCAAGCUGGUGGUAACGACGGCAGGCAACGGUGAUGAGUACACGUGCAUCGCCAGCUCUGGUAUCAAGCAGAAGAUCGCCACCACCAUAGUUUAUACGACAGAAGGUCAAGCUCCCCUCCGAGCAUUAUUCCGACCAUCGACUCCCGUAAUAGUGUAUUAUUACGACACCAUCUUCCAAAAUCAAGGCACCACUGUGGUGUUGCCAUGUAGGGUCUCCAGUUACAGCCAGGCACAAGUGUAUUGGAUGGACAACGCUGACAAACUCAUAUAUGGCAACUCUAGAAUGCAAGUGUUACCAUCAGGCGAUCUCCUGAUAAGUGUACUGGAGUGGAGAGACAUGGGUAAUUUCACAUGUACAGCCAAGAAUUUGUAUGGAAAAGUGGCCGCCUCCACGUUUGUGUAUCCAGUCAAGGCUUGAAAAGUUGCUGCACACAUUUCGACCAAACAAGUUACCCGCCGAUAGCAGAAUUGAUGUUCCUAUUUAAGUAUAUAUUUAACUUAACAUCUACUUAACUUAUUGCUAGAUUUUAAGUUAUAAAACUUAUACGACGUAAGUGAAACCUGUACACAUGUGAUAUAAUGUGUUAAGUACUUAAGUUGCGUAUAACACAUACAUAUUUUUAGUGUACGUUUGUUUGUAAACAUAUAUUUAACUAUAUUUGUAUUCAAUGAUGACAAAAAAUGUUUAUAGUUUAUUUUAUUACUAGCUAUUCGCCCCGGCUUCGCAUGGAUGUACAUGUAUUAUAUAAACCUUCCUCUUGAAUCAAUCUAUCUAUUAAAAAAGCCGCUUCAAAAUCCGUUGCGUAGUUUUAAAGAUUUAAACA